UCCUUCAUGUCCUUCGCUGCGCUCCGCUGGACCCGCUCCAGGAGCUCCUUGUCUCCCUUGUUCUGAGGAGCCCAGAACUGGACACAGACUCCAGAUGUCCCUCCCUCUGUCAUGGACACAGACUCCAGAUGUCCCUCAGUAGGGCCGACGAGAGGAGCAGGACUUGCUAGCAGUGCCCUCCCUGCUGCACCCUCGGACUCCCUUGUCCUCGGCCACAGGGACAGCCCGGAGCGGGCCGCCCCUCCCGCCGCCAUGCCGCCCCGCAGGCGGCGCCGGCGCAUCCAUCGCUCUGCGAGCGGCUGCCGGGCCUGGUUGCCGGGGCGGGCCCGCACGCAGCGCCCGGUCCCGGCCCGCGGCGGCGGACGCGGCCUCCCGGCCCCAUGGACGGGGACAAGAAAAGAACCAAAGAAGAUACUUGGAAAGCAGAAGAGCUUAGGAAACAUCUAAAGGCAUCACUACCAGAUAGUCAAAAUGAGGACCAAAAACACCGAGAAAAGAAACUGCGGAGAGAGAGGAGUGUUUAUGACAUAGACCCUUACAGACAUGAACACAGAGGCAGGGAGAAGAGCAAGGAGAGAACAAGAGAGAGAGAGAGGUUUAAAUCCAGUGACAGGGACAGGGAUAAAAGGAGAGAGAGAGAAAGGGAAAAAGAACACCAGAGAGAAGACCGAGAGAGACACAGAGAUAAGGUUCAAGAGUCAUAUUUGGAGGAGAGACACAGUGUACUAAAACAUAAAGACAAGGACACUGAUAGGGAACGAGACAAAAAGCACAAGACAUAUGAGAUAAUAGAUCCACAAAAUUAUCUGAAAUCAUUUGAAGAAAGAGAUACAGAACAUCACAGAAGAAGAGAAAUCAGGCAUCGUUUGGAGGAGGAGAAAGCAAGAGCUGAAGAGCGAGAAAGAAGACAUAAAGCACAGAAGGAUAAUAAUUUAAGAAAGCAAAUUGAAAAAUUUUUGGCCUACAAAGUUGAAGAAGGUGAACGUGUACACAAGUUUGAGAAACAUCAAGAGCUGGAUAAAGAGAGAGAAAGAAAACACAGAGAAAAAAAAGAACAUUUUGUUGGGACAGUAAAAGAGAGUCUUUCUAAAGAGAAAAGUCAUAAACAUUAUGGAAAGGAGGAGGAAGAAAAACAUAAAUCAAAGAGAUCUAAAGAAAAAUCUUCCCAUGGAGACAGAGAAGGGCCAGCAGCAGAAGCUGAUGAGAGAGUAAAAAGCAGAGAAAAGGAAAGAAAGAAAUAUGAUCUAAAGAACAGUGAAUGCAAAAAGGAGGAGAGGAUUCAAGAAGAAAUGAGCCAUCAGCUUGUAAGGAGUGUAAAAGAUAAAGGAAAACUCAUUGAUACAGAGGGCAUGGAGACAAGACAAGAGGAAAUGAAAGAUACACACAUCUCUAAUCCGGACACAGGACUUGAGGAUUUUUCACUGAAUUAUGAAGAUGACUUUGAAGUCUAUGAAGAUGAUUUUGAAGAUGAUGAAGACAAAAGUGGUGAAGUAGGAGAUGCAGAAGAAAACCUAAGACAGGUUCAAUUUUCCAGAACAUCAGAAAUUGAAGAAAUUCAAAGAGCAAUAACUGCAGAAAAUGAUAGAAUUUUUAAUCCAUUGCCAAAGAGAAUGGAAAAUGAAAAAAAAGAGCCAGUCAUGGAAAGGCAACAUUCUUCUGUCAGAAGCUCUUUUUGUGGAAUAUUCAUGGAUUUCCAAAUGGCAAACCAAAGACAAAGCAGCCGAAUUAUGGCCAGUAAGCAGAAAAAACGGACUUCAGAACUUCUCCCACUAAUUGACCUGGAUUUCUCAGUUAGUUUUUCACUACUGGAUUUGCCCCCUGUCAAUGAGUACGACAUGUAUAUCAGGAAUUUUGGUAAAAUGAACACUAAGCAGGCAUACGUUCAGUGUAAUGAGGACAAUCUUGAUAGAGACAUUCAGACUGAGGAAGUUGAGACACUGGAGAAAUGGACACAGCAUCCUGGAGAAAGUGCUCUUGUAUCUGGAGGUCCCAUAAACAGCCAGAAUACAUCAGUGAAUGGAGCUCCAACACCUAAAAUUGAUUCACAAAGAUUAGCAAAUUUUCUCCGUUCUGCAUGCCAGGUGAUUGCUGUUUUGCUAGAGGAAGAUCAAGUUGCAACACAACCCAGGAAACUAAGAUCUCGACAAACCAGUCUGUCUAUUAGUGAUAGCUGUUUCCAGUUAAAUACUAACCAGCCAUUCCUCCAUGACCGAAAAAUCCCCUGCUUGUAUGUCUCCCAAGUUCAGAGGCAGACAUUACUUUCUGCUCAUGGAUUACCUGAAAAGGCAGGUGUGGGUUUGCUGAGCAGAAAGAGCCUUAUAUGUGUUUGGAACAUCUGGCAGCCCUCCAGUCCUCAGAAAGUUCUAAUAUGUGAUUCAGAGGUGAUAUGUUGCUGCUUUAGUCCCAGUAAAGCAACAUUAGUUUUUGCUGGAACAGCAGAUGGUUCAUUGUUGGUGUGGGAUCUUCGAGAAGACUCAAGAAUGCACCCUUGUAUGAUGAUCACUGAAACUGAGUGGACAUUCAGAGUUCCCACAUUUUCCACAGAUGGCAUUCUAAACUCAGUAAACCACACCUCUCCCAUACUGUCCGUGGAACCUGUCUCAACUUCUCUCAACAGUAACCACAGUUAUGGGCUCUCAAGCCUGUCUUAUCAGGAGGAAAUGUCAGGCCCUCCAUUUCAGAUAGCUUCAAUGGAUGAAAAUGGAAUCCUUAAUAUGUGGGUAGUUGUUGAAUUGCAAAAAGCAGAUCAAGCUGGUUCACAGACUGACUUAGGUUUAGUUCCUGGAGGGAAAGUGAAGUUAGUACAUAGCUCAACUAUGGAAUUGAGUAACAGCCUUUUCCCAAAGGAUAUUAGCCAGAGAAUGCCACAGGCAUUGACUAUUAAAUUUCUGUCUUCUAAUCCCAAUCACUUCAUUGUUGGAACAAACAUUGGUCUGGUAGGCCAUGGUACAAGACAUGAUUUAAAAGUUGUUCCGAAGCUAUUCAGGCCCCAGGAGAGCAGACUGAGAUCAAUAAGCAUCACUGCAAUUGAUUUCUUCCCUUUUGGAAAGCCACUAUUUUUGGUUGGCUGUUCAGAUGGGAGUAUUAGAUUACACCAGAUGACAUCAGAGUAUCCCCUCAUGCAGUGGAAUGGCAGCACAAAGGGGCAGCCAAUUAUAGCCUUGCAGUGGGCUUUGACAAGACCUGCUGUGUUCUUCGCCCUGGAUGCAUUGUCCAAUAUUUACAUUUGGGAUCUUCUGGAAAAUGAUUUGUUGCCUGUGGCCAAGCAGACUAUCCCAUCAGAGAGGGUUGUAACUAUGACUCUGCUGGGAGAGCCAGAAAAAGCAAAUGGAUUGUUAGGCAUUGUGCUGGCCAAGGAAUCUGGACAGAUAGACAUUCAGUAUGUAAAGAAGAAGUGGGCAUUACCUCAGCCUGAGGAAUCUGAGAAACUGUAUUCUAUUUUAUUGCAGUCUUUUUAGAAACAGGGUUGUACAAUUUAUUGCAAAAUGUGUAGUUUAUUUUUUACUUAAUUUGAAAAAUUUUUAAUGUAAUUUGUAUAUAACUUGUCUAUAUUUUAAAGACUAUCAAUACAAUAUUUCAACUGAAACAAUAUAUUUUAUCAUUAAAAUGACAAUCAAAUUUACCAUUAUUGUACUCAAAAAUAUGAUGGCUGUGCUUCAUAAUUGAAAGUACUCUAGAUGUACAUAUAUUUUCAAAAAAUAGCAAAAAUGCAUUCCUAUAAAUUGCACUGCUGUUUCUCAUUAUUUCACUCUGAAAGAAAUCUCAGCAAUUCUUUGGCAAAUAUAAAGUUGUGUUUCUGUACAACAUGAAUGUGAGAUUUCCACCUCUGGGCCUCUAAAAUCUUCUAAGGUAAAACUUUCUUGUGUCUACCUAAAGACCAUAUGCAAACAUAUCAAAACACAAAUUACAUCACACACAUCUGUCUUCUGAUUUUGACCCUGAAACUGUGCAAAAGGAACCUGACUAACUCAGGUUCUGAGAUGUACACUCCCUGUUUGGAUUGAUGUAAGUGAACAAUAUGCCCAGGAAACUUACUGAAAUUCUAAAUCUGUUGGGAUUUCUCACGUAAAACACAAAGUACUUACCUGUUUAGUUCUGCAAAUAAUUUCCAAAGCUAUUGUAGUGAGGAAGAGGACAGCUGUCUAUAAUACGCUAAUUUUUGUCUGCUAUUGGUAAGGGUUGGGUCAAGAUGAAGAACUGAAAAUGUCCUUUGUAACUUAAGAAAAGCUGGCUUAAAGAACACGAGUAAAACCUUGAUUAAACAAGCUCAGAUUUGGUGAAAAAAGGACAAUUCAGAGACAAUGUAUUCAGUAUUUAGUGAACAGAUAUAUUUAAGAUAUGUACCUUCUCCUUCUGAAAUAGAAAUAUUUCUAAGUUUAAAUUAAUUAAUUGCAAACAUUUUUCUAUGUAAAUUUUUACUUAAGUUGAGAAAACUCAAAAUGGCCACAUGAUGGUGCCAAGUCACAGCAGUAAAAAAUGAGUUCUUUAUGAAAACAACAUCCACCACUUGGGCAGUGAGUCUGUUGUUGUCCAUUGCACAAAUCCAGAGAGCCCAAAGAACUGGUGGAGAAUUUAAUAUUUCAGAGACCAUUUUUGCAAAUCCUAGGUCCUUGAUUAACCAUGGACUUUCUUUUAAUGUCCAUAAACACAAGUGGCCCUUCUUAUAUUCAUUGCUGGCAAUACAUUACAAGUUAAGUAAGAAUAGUGAUCCUUUAGUGAUCCUGAUAAAGAAAGGGCAGGUAGUUUUUCCAGUAAGGUAUCAGAGCAUCUCUGCUGACACCCAUCAUAAAAAAAGUCAAACCCAAAUAUCUCACUCUUUCCAUCCCAAAGUGAAAGACACACACUCCACCACUCCUUUGGCCCUGAUCAAUUUUCAUCAAUUUCAGGACUUCCCAUCCUGAAUUUUCUCUGCUGUACCCAAUUCUGUACAUGGAACCUGUAAGCAAAGGGUUGGGAUUUUUCUGCCUUGUGCUGUGUUUUUUCAAUAGGCAAAAAAGGAAAAAAUAGUGUCAGGUUUUGCAGAGAAGUACCUGUCACUGCUUUUGAGCAGCUUUUGUUAGGUAUGCUUGAAUUCAAACAUCCAAAUAUUUUAUUAUCUUAUGCUUUUACUGCCUGGAGAGUCAGUUCCUGCAGUAGGCCUGUGCUUCUUGCCUAAAGGAUUUUCCUCUCCUGAACUGGAAACUUAUGAAAGGUUAUCAGUAAUACUAAAAGCAUCCUGGGCUGACAGUUGCUGUUACAAGAAUGUGAGGAAAAAAUUUUGUCCUUUUUUGCAUGCUCUCAGUGGGUAAAUGCAGAUCAUUAGAGUGCAGGCCAUGCAGUCUUAGCAGUUGGACAUUUGGAUAAAACCAUUUUGGAGCACAUAUCAGCAAAGUGGGGAGUAUUGGCAAGCCACAGUACAAGGAAAGCAAUUCCAUACAUAAGGAUUGAAGAAAUUGUUUCAAACAAAACAUUUAAUUUUCCAUCAGCUACUUCUAAUGAUUGUUAAGUUAAAUAAGAUACUGGAUUUUAUUCAUAAGAAGGCAACAUGAUUAAUUAGAAAUGAGACUCUUGUGAAAGGAAAAAUAGUUCACUGCAUUUUCAUAUGGAUAUAAUUUUUACUGGUACUUCUGUUUCACAUGCACACACAUUCAGUUGAAUGAUCUUUGUGUAGAAUAUAAACAUUACUAUCACAAAACAUUUCAACCAGACCCAGUAAACAUUUAUUCCCACCUGUGGGCAAUUUUGGAAUAAAUACUCAUAACAGUAUGAACUGCAGUUGAAAUUAACUGAUCCACAUAAUAGAGAACAUUCAAAUGAUACAGAAGGUCCUAUAUUAAUAACUUCUAUACAAUAUGAUUACUUGAUCUUAAACCAACAAAUCCUGGCAGCAAGGCUGAUCUAUUUUAAAUUUGCAAAAGGACAGAAAGUUUUGGAUAAAUUGCUGCUUUUAUUUUCCACUUUAUGAACAUGCUUUGAAAGCCUUUUCUAUUUGGAACAUAAAUAUUAAUACUGUUUUCAUUCCAUUUUGUCAACUCACAGAUGGGAAAAUCAAGUUUUCAGUAGCUGAAAAGUAAGUUAACCAAGGAACAGAAUUCUUGAAUCAGAUGGCUGAUUUCUUACAACUGUUUGGAAAUGCUUCUGUUAACCUGUCAGCCUAUACUUCCAGCAGGGCUUGGGAGAACAGGAAUAGAAUGACUCUUUACACCCAGAACAUUUAUUUUUAUUUGUACUGAAGGUGACCAUCCUACCCACUGCAAUUUUGCCCUAAUUAAGUAUAGCUGUCAUUUAAUUAAGUCAUAUUGAAGGAUACAGGUGCUUUGUAGCCUCCAGAGGAAGGGAAUAUUCAGCAACCUGGAAUAUUUUUACCAGAACACAUUUAAAUUGUCAAAAUAGAAGCUUUCUUCUGAGGAGUUGGAAAGUCCAUGUAGAUCUGUGUUAGGUGUAGAAAUUGGCAGGACUAAAGCAAAUACUGAAGUGUCAUUAAAUUGCAGAGACUGCUGGAAUAGGCCCAUGAAGAAUUCACGUAGGAUGUAACCAGAGUGUGGCCAUCAGUCAUGAAAUGCAAACCAGGAAAAGUUGUGAAGAUACCAGAACAAGGAAAUGGCUAAUGAGACAUACUUUCAUCAUUAGCUUCUAUUAUAUUCUGUUUACAGACAAUUGCUUGUUUGUCUGUGUUUCUGAGCCUCCUCAGCUGUGAGGAGGGAGGCAGGUAAGAGUCAAACUGUUUGGUAGUGUUGAUGGGCUCGAUUUUGAGCACAAGGAAAUCUGUGCUUUUUUCUUCAUACUGGUUACUGACAUAGUGUCAAAUACAGACUUAAAAGUACUAACAUUUGCACAUAGUUAGAAAAAGCUGUAUUUUUCAUGGAUGUAGCUUAAACUUUUAAACACUGUUCCACUAAACUGAUGGAAUUUCAGCUCCAAAUAAUUUAUAUCCUAUUAUAAAUUAAAGCAGCCUAAGGGCUCUGUUUCCCAGUUUCACCCUGGUGCGACCCAAUUGAAAAUUGCAAUGAUACCCUAUUAAAAUCAGGAGUAAAGCAAUACAGUAAUAGCCUAUACUACCCAUUGAUAUUUAAAACAUUAUUAUUUUUCACCUUUAGUUGAACCCUUGCUUCCUUUGGAUUCAUUAAAUUUUGUGAUAUAUUUGCUGCCCUUUU